UGCGCAUGCGCCAUUUUGAUACGGAACUAGCUACUUGCUGCUAUCCGGUAGCUYGAAAAAAAGCUAAAUUAAAUUAUUUGCCUCUUUAUAUUUAGCGGUUUUGGUGAUUUUGGAGCUGCUUCAUUCUGCUGUUCGUGAAUAUGUCCGGCCAGUAUCUGGUGCUGCUUUUUCUGUUCGGAGGAGUCUUCUCUGUGGAAGUUCAACGUCCUCGCGGUGUCCCUUUAUCGAAAAGGCCGCUGUAUGAAGAGGACAAACCUUUUACUUGUCUGGAUGGAUCCCGCACUAUUCCCUUUGACAGAGUAAAUGAUGACUACUGUGACUGUCAGGAUGGGUCUGAUGAGCCAGGCACUGCUGCUUGUCCGCAUGGCAGCUUCCACUGCACCAACGCAGGUUUCCGACCAACAUUCAUCCCUUCCUCCAGGGUCAAUGAUGGAAUCUGUGACUGCUGUGAUGCUACAGAUGAGUAUAACAGUGGUGCUGACUGUCAAAACACCUGCAGGGAUUUGUGGCGUAAAGAGAAAGAGAGCAUGGAGAAGCUGGCAGAAAUAGCAAAGGAAGGCUUUUUGCUCAAACAACAACUUAUCCAGGAGGCUAACAGAGGUCUAGAGGAAAAGAAGAGCAAACUGACAGACGUCCAGAACAGUAAGAAAGAUCUGGAAGAGAAGGUGGAGGCUUUGAGAAUGGUUAAAGAGACAGCAGAGCAACCGGAGAAAGAAGCUAAAGACCGCCAUCUGAAGGCUUGGGAAGAACAAAAAGCUGUCAUUCGCAUGGAGAAAGAUAAGGCUAGAAUGGCUGAAGUGUUUCUUGAGCUGGAUGGUGAUGGAGAUGGCUUUGUCUCUGUUGCCGAGCUUCUUUCUCAUUCUGAGCUUGAUCAAAAUUCUGAUGGUUCGUUCACCGAAGCAGAGGCUCAGGAACUGUUGGGAGGAGUGGACAAACUGGACACAGCAGGGUUUGAGUCCAUUUGGAGUAAAAUCAAAGAAAAAUACAUGUCAGGGUCAAACACAGACGCCCCGGCACCUGUGGAACCUCCACAGGAGGAAGUAAAAGAACCGGCCUCUGACAACGACUCUGAACCUUAUCCUGAUGAUGACAACCCAGAGGAAGAGGAGGAGGAGGAAGAUGAAGAAGACGAUGACGAGAUGGACGAUGGGGAUUAUAAAUCUCCUCCUCCAACAGAAACUCAUGAAAAGAAGGAUGACGAUGAAGAUGGGACUAUGCCACCCUAUGAUGAAGAAACACAGAAACUUAUUGAUGCUGCUCAGAAAGCCAGAGAUGAGUUUGAUGAGGCUGAGAAAUCUCUGCGAGAGGUGGACGACAACAUCAGGAACCUCGAAAAGGAAAUUUCGUUCGACUUUGGACCCAGUGUGGAGUUUGCCUACCUCUAUAGCCAGUGUUAUGAGCUGACUACUGGCGAGUAUGUCUACAGACUCUGUCCAUUCAACAGAGUUUCCCAGAAACCCAAGUAUGGUGGAUCAGAAACUAAUUUAGGCUCAUGGGGGAAAUGGGCAGGUCCUGAGGAUAACAUCUACUCUGUGAUGAAGUAUGAGCAUGGAACAGGAUGCUGGCAAGGCCCCAACAGAUCCACCACUGUUAAGUUAACGUGCGGAACAGAAACAGUUGUGACGUCUACGUCGGAGCCCAGCCGCUGUGAGUACCUGAUGGAGUUCACCAGCCCUGCUGUGUGCCAGGAACCCCCUCCGAUGAGCCAGGAACCCCCUCCGAUGACCUCUGAUCAUGGUCAUGAUGAACUGUAGAUGCGCAUCGUUUGUUGCUUUUAAGGGACCAGUCUUUGCAGCAGCACAAACUUUCUGCUGCUUCACUUUUAGGUUUGUUUGCUUUUCAAUAUAAAAUUUUGUGGAAAUUCCCAUGAAUAUCAUGUUCAACACUUAUACCCCCCACUCCUGCCCAAUGUGUUGGCUCUAGUGUUCUAUGCAAAAUACAGUGUCGUUGUGUUGUCCUCAAAUAAAGUUUUGCUCAUUUAACCUUUAA